GCGGGGAAAUCGUGUAAUGGCGGACUCAGGCCGGUGGAGUGCGUUUGGGGGCGUAGCGCGCUGAGGGGGGCGUCCGGCUGUGUAGCAGCCCGCAAAGCGGUGGGCUGGAGCGUACUCCGUGGGGACAGGGACCGGCUGCCCAGCCCUUCAUGUCGCUGAGGGCGACUGCGCGAAGUCAGGUUGUUUUUCAUCACUGAGAACCUUGCCUGAAGCAGGUCCACUAUGCCGUUAGUAACCAGGAACAUCGAGCCAAGGCACCUGUGCCGUCAGACGUUGCCUAGCGAUACAAGCGAGCUGGAAUGCAGGACCAACAUCACCCUGGCAAAUGUCAUCCGACAGCUGGGCAGCCUGAGUAAGUAUGCGGAGGACAUUUUCGGAGAGAUUUGUACUCAGGCAAGUGCCUUUGCCUCCCGAGUGAACUCCCUUGCUGAACGGGUUGACCGAGUACAAGUUAAAGUCACUCAGCUGGAUCCCAAGGAAGAAGAAGUGUCACUGCAAGGAAUCAACACUCGUAAGGCCUUCAGAAGCUCUACCAUCCAAGACCAGAAGCUUUUUGACAGAAAUUCCCUUCCAGUACCAGUCUUGGAAACCUAUAACAGCUGUGACGCUCCUCCUCCUCUUAACAAUCUAAGUCCUUACAGGGAUGACGGAAAAGAGGCACUCAAAUUCUACACCAACCCUUCGUACUUCUUUGAUCUUUGGAAGGAGAAGAUGCUGCAGGACACCAAGGAUAUCAUGAAAGAGAAGAGAAAGCACAGGAAAGAAAAGAAAGAUAAUCCAAACAGAGGGAAUGUGAACCCGCGUAAAAUCAAGACACGCAAGGAAGAGUGGGAGAAGAUGAAAAUGGGACAAGAAUUUGUGGAGUCCAAGGAGAAGCUGGGGCCUUCUGGAUACUCGCCCGCCUUGGUGUACCAGAAUGGCAACUUUGGCUCUGUUGAAAACGUGGAUGCGACCAGCUACCCACCACCGCCACAGUCGGACUCUGCCUCCUCACCUUCCCCUUCAUUCUCUGAUGACAACUUGCCUCCCCCACCAGCAGAAUUCAGCUACCCUGCAGACAACCAAAGAGGAUCUGUCUUAGCUGGACCCAAGAGAACCAGCAUGGUCAGCCCAAGCCAUCCACCCCCAGCUCCUCCUCUGAGCUCCCCGCCAGGUCCCAAACCUGGCUUUGCCCCUCCACCUGCCCCUCCACCUCCACCUCCCAUGAGCGUGCCGCCUCCACUGCCAUCUGUAGGAUUCGGGUCUCCUGGGACCCCUCCACCACCCUCGCCUCCCUCUUUCCCUCCCCACCCUGACUUUGCUGCUCCUCCACCACCUCCCCCUCCACCAGCAGCUGACUACCCAAUGCCACCACCUCCCUUGUCCCAACCAUCUGGAGGCGCUCCUCCGCCUCCCCCUCCCCCUCCCCCUCCAGGGCCCCCACCUCUUCCCUUUGGUGGUGCUGAUGGCCAACCUGCUGCUCCACCACCACCACCUGUUUCUGAUGCCGCCAAGCCCAAGUCUUCGUUGCCUGCUGUGAGUGAUGCUCGUAGUGACCUGCUUUCUGCCAUCCGCCAAGGCUUUCAACUGCGAAGGGUUGAAGAGCAGCGGGAGCAAGAGAAGCGUGACGUGGUGGGCAAUGAUGUGGCCACCAUCCUGUCCCGGCGAAUUGCUGUUGAGUACAGCGACUCAGAAGACGACUCCUCUGAAUUUGAUGAAGAUGACUGGUCGGAUUAACUCUGCCUGUUGCCCACAUUCCUCCUUCUGCUCUCCCCACCCGCCUUCUCAGAUACAAACUGUAACAGUCUCAUGUGGGGAAGGAAGAAAGGACAAAGAACUGCAAGGGGCCAAAGCCUUCUCUGGAACAACCAAAGAUCUAUCCGCGUGCUUCCUUCAAACUACCAUACACUUCUUCCCUGUCCCCAGCUGUGGGCUCCUGAGGGCCGUGGCUGAGCUGAUCCCUCUCCCCCUCCAGUGACUGCUCUAUGUUAACAGGAAGGAAACCCCUACAGCAGAUCCCUUUGGUUGGGUUUCAGCUGGAGAUAGUGCCUUUCCCCGUAACCAUUCUAACCCAUGGCCUUCUUGCAUCUAGCUACUUCAAAUAAUGCUGUCCACCUCCUGGUCUUACAGCAGUGGGCACAGCCUGUGUGGACACAGCUGGUCCCUUUCCUGUGCCCUGAAACUAUAAAGCAGGCCAAGUGCCCUGGCACGUGGACUGCCACCCCCUCCCCCACACCCCGCCCUCUGCAGCAGGUAGGGCCGCUUCAGUUCAGCUCUGUCUAGACGCCUUUGUUCCAGAAGGCAUCAGGCCCCUAAGACUGUCUCACUCCUCUGCCCAGAAGUGAUAUCCUGCUGAAGGCUGAGGCUGCGGCCUUCCUCCCAUGCUCCCUCUUGGUGAGUGUGGUGUUUAGAUGUCCUGUGCAUGCCCCUGCUCACCCCGGGUGCCUUAAGACUGCACAGCCCAGUUUUAACCUCUCAUGUUCAUGACCAAACUACCCUGACGCACAGGGACCUGGGCCUCUGCUGACUGUCAGGAGCAAAACUUGAAGGUGGGGCACAGCAGGACUGGAAGAGAAUGGAGCACCUUGGGUCCUGCCUGCUCAGGAUGCCGAGGCCAAGAUGAGAAGUGACUCUCUCAAGGUCACACAGGUAGUGGUAGAACAAGAGCCCAGGCUUCCUGUUUCCAAGUCACCUGUGUUUCCUGGGACCAAAGACUGAGCACCUGCUGGAGUCUGGGCAGAGCAGCCUGGCCCUGUUCUACUCCAGGCCUCCCGAAUGCAGGGCUUGCAUUGGAGGGUUCACGGCCCGUGCCAAGCUCAGCAGAACAGUUUUGACACUCGGCCUCUCUGGUAACCGUUUAUUUCCCCUUCUGUCCCCAGCCAGUCGUGUGGCACGGGAGCUGUGCUGGGAAGCAGAGUGGAGAGGAGCUGUGGGGCAGCCAGCCUUGGCAGGUGCCUGUGCAGUUCACUGCAGCUCCCUCCCCCCUGUGUUUCCUCGAUUUAAGCAUAGGCUGUGCCAGCUGCAGGAAGGAACUUCAGUCCCUCAGGCUGGCAGCCGCAGCAGGUACCUGCCUGGGGGAGCCUGGCAGCCAUGGAGAAGGCUGAAAGGCAGAAGGACACUGGUCUUCUGCCUCUCUGCCUCACUGUGCAUGGCGAUGCUGACCCCCCUUACCUCCCUUCCCAGAACUAAUACACGGGUGCUAUUAGGAAAAAAACUGAGCAGCUCUGGCCAGCAGCAAGGUUUCUUCUCUUCUGCCCCAACUAUUGUGUGGCCUCUUGUGCUGAAAUCGGCUUCUCUGGCUUCAGAGCCUGAAACAAAGAGAAACAGGAUCUGUCUCUCCCCAGCACAGCAAAUGGUGGUAGUAAUUGCCAAAGCCCUCAUAAACCCCUCCGGCUUGAGGAGAGUGCAAUCAGGCUCUGCCGCCUGCACUUGCUGAGAACCUCCCCUCUGCCUCCUUUCCUGAACUCAGAGGUAGGGACUAAGCACGCAGGUGCCAGCGGGCCCUCCUGCUGUGGCUACUCCAGAGUGCUCCGUCUCCAUCCUGUGUCCGCAUCCCCCACCCCCGUCCCCCCAAAUCCAGUGUCUGGCACAGGGCUUGGCGCUCAACUCCAUGCUGUGCAUGUUUCCCACCCUGUGCCUUAGAAGCUGAAGGCUCUUUCAUCAGAACCUUAAAAUGGCUGUUGAUGGUACCCUGGCUGCAGCCCAGCAGGGGCCUGGAGAGGCUGGGGAGGGCAGUGGUCCUUCCAAAUAGAAGUCCUGGGGCCUGGCCAGGCCAGGGUUUGGGCCUAAUGGUUUUUACUAAAUUACUCCCCUCCUGCUCUCUGAGGAAGGGGAGCCAGAGCGUUCACUGUGGUUCUGUUCCGACCUUGAAGGGGCGGUAUUGGCCUGGCUUCUGGAAUGGACAGAGUCCACCAGGAAAGACUGGGGGCGGAAGGAGAUGGGGAGGGGCCCUGUCUGCAGAAGGUAGGAUUAGAUCAUUAGCUCAGUGACCUCCUAGGGUUUCUAUGUGCUGUGUUCUCAUCCUACAGCUGGUUUGGUAAUGAUCUGCAAGUCCCGGAGAGCAACAGCACAGCUCUGCCUGACGCUCUCAUUAAAAUCCAUGCAGCCAAGCUCUGCGCUUUGUAGCAGCCGGCCUUGCAGAGCCUCCUCAGCUUGGGGGGCUGGGGACCCAGUCAGCUGAGAGGUCCCCUAGGCUCUACUUAGGCAUAUGUGUAUCCCCCACAAAAAAAAAAUGUUUUUUAAAACAUGCUUCUUUAAACCCAGAGCCCUUUAAAAUAAUAAAGGACCUGGCGCAGGUGUGUGUGUGUGUGGAAUCCUGUAAAUGGGGAACACAAAGUUUAGUGACAUUUAAACUGGGCUGAGGCUGUAAGUGUAUAAAGCAGUGGCCCAUAAGGACUCUUAAGCGCUGAAGCCAAGGAGCCACCUCCCUUCCCAGUCUGCCUAGCCCAGGGGGCCUGCCCCCAUUCCUGUAGCCCAGGGGCCCAGCUUGCAAUUGGUAGUGUCAGAAGUGACUUGUAGCUUUGCCUUGGUUGUGAGAUGAUUUCAUUCCAGGGGAGGGGGUGGGGGAUCCCUUGGAGGCUCAGAGCAGCUGGCCCAAGCUCCGGCUCGCCUCUAGUGGAAGCUGGAGCGCCCUCAGAAACGACCCUGGCCAAUGUCACUGCAGAGCUGAGGCGGCCUUGUCAGGGCUAAUGUGAAAUCUCUUCCCGUGGCGCCGAUCCUCUGACUCUAUAGCGCCAGCUUGGACAGAUUGAGGUCUCUGUGGCUUUGGUGACCCUGCUUAAGCAUUCCCACCGUGUCCCUGCUCUGCACGAGGACUGCCUCCUGCUGCAGCCCCUUACUUGACCUCAGGGCCUGGGGAGGGAAGCACUGGGCCAGGACCAAGCGCCCCAACUCAGGAGAUAUGUCAGCCUUUGGGGGGAGGCGGGUGAAGCAUUGAGCUUGGCUGGUGCCCAUCCGACCUGGGACCAGGUGUUGCACAGAGAAGUGCUUCUGUGCCUCCUGCCUCGAUCACUUUAGUGGGGCCUCAGUGAAGGCUGAGAACAAUUCUGUUCCGGUAUUAACUUUAUUCAGUUAAUUGACCUGAGGAACUAACCAAUUUUUAUUUUCUGCCUAGAAUGAUGUACACAUAGGAGAGAAAGCUAUCAUGUUACCAAAGUGCCUUGUUUUCUCUGAUAUAAAUAUAUUUAUAAGGACAUAUUAGGUAGGUUCUUGGUGUUUCCCAUAUCAAGAUUUCCACAUAGUGGGAAUACCAGGCCCUUUUCUCCCAGAGGUUGGAAGGGGGGAUCUGAGCAGUGGAAUGAAGCCACCCCCAUGGUGCCCCCUCUGCCCUUGUCCUACAGGUAAAAGAAGAUACACACACACAAAAAAAAUUUUUCUUGAGAUGGUGUUUCAGGUAGAUGGCAUGGGCCUUGACCUUACAAUGUAGCUGAAGAUGGCCUUGAACUCCUGACCCUCUGCCUCAGCCAUGCCUGACUAGGACAUCCGAUUUUUUUUGUUUCAAGUCUGGUUUCAUUUGCUUCACUGCCAGGCUCACUGUGUGUACCAUCGUAUUUGUACUCCAGCAACCCGAAGAUUCCAUGUAACUUAUGUAUGCGCAUGAAUACUUUAAAUGCCAACAUUUUCAAUAAUUUGAUAAAGUCUUUGUAGUCAGUCA